CCCUUCUUUUCUCUCCACCAGAACCAAAUCCACACAACCUUACAGUUUCGAGUUCGCACACGAUAACACAAAUGAGUUACAGUUCAGAAGACAGCAGCAGUCCGACGACGGCAGCAGGGAAUGGCCGCAAGUUGAAGGGAGUGCGUCAAAGAAAAUGGGGCAAGUGGGUGUCGGAAAUCCGCGUCCCCGGCAAGCAGGACCGCCUCUGGCUCGGCUCUUUCUCCACUGCAGAGGCUGCCGCCGUGGCUCGUGACGUUGCUUACUAUUGCUUGCGUAAGCCUUCGACUCUGGAGGGCCUCAACUUUCCUACAGUCUUGCCGUGUUCGGUUAAUCAAGCGGCGGACAUGUCGCCGAGGUCUAUACAGAAGGCGGCUUCGGAUGCCGGCAUGGCCGUUGAUGCUCAGCUGAUCAAUGCUAAUAGUAACAGCUCGUCGCAGCAGAAUGGGAGACAGGCCAACGGAAGUGAGCCACGAGUAAUGCAGAGCGAUGGGUGUUGGGAGGACACCGGUGAGAGUUCAUCAGCCAAUACCGGCGGCGAGGCGCUGAGCAUUUCGAUUGAAGAUUAUCUCUAGACUCUAGCUAGCUAAUAGUAGAAAAAUGUUAGACUAUCUUUUUCGGUUGACGGUUUUUCUAAGACUGUCAGCGUUUGGCUGUCUUUUCCGAUGGUGGGAGGUAACGUACCGGGUGGCGUCAUAUGUAUUAGCUUGGAGCUUACAUGUUAUAUAUGUGCAUAUCGGGGUCACUCAACUUGUGGGUGAGUUCUGUACCACAGAAAUGGAAACAUAACUGAUAAUGAUUUUAAAAUAGAAAGUUGUUUUUUCAAGUUGAGCCUUGACUUUGACCCCAAAAGCAAUCACGAAACUGAAGAAGAGAUAUUAAAAAAAGUGAAAAACUAGAUCGAUCGGGUCAGCCAUAUAUAUGACCAGUGACAGUUGUUGGUUUGAAACUCGAUCCUUUGGGAACGUCACACGUGAGAUAUUAUUAGUGAAAUGGGGGACAGCUCCAAUACUCUGAUCUUGAUAUAUAUGAUUGAGGAGAUUCGAAGACCGCGUUUUCAUUACUGUUUGAUCUUCUCUAAGGCUGUGUUUGUUUUAUAGAUUUUGGGCAUUGGGCUUUCAUGUGUUUGAGAGUGACAAUAAAAGGGAAAAUGCUUCCCAGUGGAAAGGAAAAAGAGAUGGAAAAUGAU